AUGUGUCGCUCGUUGUUGGUCGUGGCGCUGCUCUUCCUCAUGGGGGCGCUUUUGUGCUCGGCUCAGCACUGGUCUCACGGCUGGUACCCAGGAGGGAAGCGGGACACGACAGAGAUUUCUGGGGAGAUCAAAGUGUGUGAGUCCGGAGAGUGCAGUUAUCUGAGGCCCCAGCACCGCGGCGUCCUGAGGAACAUCUUUCUGGACGCUCUGACCCGAGAACUGCAGCGGAGGAAGUGA